CGUAGUAGUUUAGGAGAGGUGAAAAGUCGUAUUUUCUCCACGCAGCUAGGUGUUUCGAGCGUAGACGAGUUGCGGCAGAUUCUCGGGACGGAUAUCGACGAUGCGCAAAAGAAAAAGAUGAAAUCUGUAGGGGAAAGGUCCGAGAACGGAGUGAAAGACUCGAAAAGUGAAACAGCUCUGACCGACGAGAUCGUUUACAAAGAUUCCUCGACGUUCCUAAAGGGGACGCAAUCGUCGAAUCCGCACAACGAUUACUGCCAGCAUUUCAUCGACACGGGUCAGCGACCGCAGAAUUUUAUCAGGGACGUAGGCCUGGCGGACAGGUUCGAGGAGUACCCGAAAUUACGGGAGCUGAUCAAGCUGAAGGACGAUUUAAUCGCGGAAACUGCAACGCCUCCCAUGUAUUUGAAAACAAACUUGCUCGCGUACAAUUUGAAAGAGCUGAACUGCAAGUUCGACGUGAUCCUGAUCGAACCCCCGUUGGAGGAGUAUCAACGCACCUGCGGUGCGACAAACGUCCAACUUUGGAAUUGGGAUCAGAUAAUGGAAUUAGAUAUCGGCGAAGUGGCGGCCAAUCGAAGCUUCGUAUUUCUCUGGUGCGGUAGUAGCGACGGAUUAGAUAUGGGACGUUUUUGUCUUCGCAAAUGGGGUUUCAGACGAUGCGAAGACAUAUGCUGGAUUCGCACCAACAUCAAUAAUCCGGGCCACAGUAAAAAUCUAGACAGCAAAGCUGUCCUCCAGAGAACGAAAGAGCAUUGCCUGAUGGGCAUCAAGGGGACCGUUAGACGGUCCACGGACGGAGACUUCAUUCACGCGAACGUCGAUAUCGAUUUGAUCAUAUCGGAGGAGCCCGAGUACGGUUCGAUCGAGAAGCCUGUCGAGAUCUUCCACAUAAUCGAGCACUUCUGCUUAGGCAGGCGAAGGCUGCACUUAUUCGGUCGGGACAGCACCAUUCGACCAGGAUGGCUCACCGUCGGUCCAGAGUUGACCAACACCAAUUUCAACGCCGACCUCUACACCAGCUAUUUCGCCAACGGUCAGAUUACCACCGGCUGCACCGAACGAAUCGAAGCGCUCAGGCCAAAGUCUCCGCCACCGAAGGGGAAAGUGACCGGUCGAGGCAGAGGCGGUUUCAAUCGAGGACGAGGUAGAGGAAGGUAAAACGCUGCUGCGCCUCGAUACAACACGACGCCCUCUUUCCUCCGAUACCGUUUCCACGACACACACACAAACAAACAAACAAACAAACAAACAAACACACUCGCACUCGCACAGAGAGUGGUGUACCAAACCGAUAAAAAAAUAUUAUUUCUCUCCCCGCAAUUCUCCAUCAUACGGAGAGAACUUGUUUCUACCUUUGUAUUGUACGAUAUUUUGCUUUACAUAUUGUAAUAUAGUUGCUUUCGAAAGUACCGCGCUACCCAAUAUUCCAAUGAUCUUCAACUUUGUGUAACGCAACGUUCACGCGCGCGCGCGCGCGCCACU